AUGAUUAGGGGUGCAGUGCCGUGCAGCAUGGGCAUCAUCGCGUGCCGUGGGGGCUCUGUCUCUCAGAGCUCUUCCGAUGCGGAAGACUGCAGAGAGUCGCUGCGGGCCAUUGCACACGACCUUGGUUUCAAGAAAGCCCCCUUGACAAUGCCCAAGGGCUGCUUCACCGAGUUUGUAAGACCUUCUUCGGCGGCAGAGCCCAGAUGUGGCCUUGUUUGGAUGCACGGGCUCGGAGAUACUGAAAAAGGUGGAGACUUCAGCACAAGUUGGUUUGACAUUGCUGACUUGCCCGUGUCCCAAAAGACGCAUUCCUUUGCACAUCAUGGCUGCUCUUUGGAAGAAGCGCUUUCUUCCUGCGGGCGAGUUCAUGCAGCAAUUGACCAACUUAUCACGGAGGGCAUUCCGGCAGAACGUAUCAUGGUCGGAGGCUUUUCUCAAGGUGGAGCAAUGGCCAUGCUCUCAGCAGUGACCUAUCCAAAACGGCUUGGGGGAAUCAUUGUAUUUAGUGGGAUUUGUUUCUUUGGUGAUUUGUUGAAGCAGUUGACAUCAGCUCAGUCAGCUCAUUGCACAGACCUAGCGGUGUUUUGGGGGCACGGAACUCGUGACCGAGUCCUUUAUGCAGAUUUGCAAGAUGAAGGGGUGGAGAUGUUGCAAGUUGCAGGCCUGAGAGUCACCGCAAAGAAGUAUCUGGCUGAGCAUGAUUGUACGGAGGAGGAGCUGAAGGAUGCAGUCGCUUUUUAUGCGGCAAACCUGAAGUGUGUGCAAGGUGUGCUUGAACGGUGGGAUGUUGGCAUUGGUGCUGUGAGGUCGGCCUGUCAAGUGCGGACCUUGCCGGCGUCGGGCUAA